CCGCAGUCUCUGGUCAUCCCCUGUACUGUGUCCGCAGUCUCUGGUCAUCCCCUGUACUGUGUCCGCAGUCUCUGGUCAUCCCCUGUACUGUGUCCGCAGUCUCUGGUGAUCUCCUGUACUGUGUCCGCAGUCUCUGGUCAUCUCCUGUACUGUGUCCGCAGUCUCUGGUCAUCUCCUGUACUUGUCUGCAGUCCAUUGGUUCAGAAUAAUUUUUUUCCUGUUUUUCUCCUCUAAAACCUAGGUGCGUCUUAUGGUCAGGUGCUUCUUAUGGAGCGAAAAAUACGGUAUAUUCUGUUUUUAAAUAACUUUGGGGUUUAUUUACUAAAGC